AUGGCAGAAAAUGUUAGAAAUAUGAUUGCCCCCGCUUUUAUGAUUAUAAAUCUCCGUCAUCGAAGAAAUUACAAUAGAAAUCUUCAAACAACUCAUCGUCAAGGUCUUAUAAUCGCGAAUAGAAGAGGUCGUACGCAAAUCAAUAUUGAUGACACCUUGAAUCGUAUGGCACAAUUAUCAUAUCAAACUACAGAUAAUAUAUUUGCGGAUCAUUUGUUUAAUGGAGUUCAAUGGCGGCUACAAUAUUUAUGUCGGUGGUUCCGCUGGGUAUUAUUGUAUUUGGAGAAGGAUAAUUUUGGAAAUACAAAAUUACAAGGAAAAACGGUUGAAGUUGUAUUAUUAUAG